AUAUUUACUUUAAGUUUGCAGUAUAGGCUGUGAACCAAAGUAUGUGAUAUACAUAAAUGACAUAGAUUAUAACCUGUAGAUAAUAACUCAGGUUUGAUAUAUUCUACAGGCAUAUGGUGGUACAAUCAAAAUGGUUUUUUUGGAAAAUGACGCGUUCUUAGUGGAGCUCACAAGAUUAUUUGAUAAAUCAAGGUUAUCUGGCUCUGUAAUGCUCACUAUUAAAAGGUUUAAUGGACACAAUAAACCUAUACCUAGAAAGGGAAGACCACCAUUAUCAACGCCAAGUGAAUUUCUUUGUCUUGUGCGAGCUACCUUUCGCAGCAAAAAAAUUUCAACCAUUAUACAUUCCAAAGACGUGAAUAAGUUCCAGCAGGCAUAUUGGAAUCUUUUAAAAACAAAUAUAAAUGGCCUGAAAAAGUUAAAAAAAGUAAAAUCAGCAAAACCUAAAGUUCAUUAAAAUUAUAAAUUAAAAAGACCACGUUUAUUUACUCUUAUUACAAUUUUUUUAGUAU